UUACUCGUCUUCGGCUGUAGGGUUGCAGCAGAUAAACGCCACCCCCCUUUCUCUCUCUACCGCAGCUUCUCUUUGGAGAAGAAGAUAUUCAUAAAUCCUUCUUCUCAACUCGAUUCGUCAUCUCUAGGGUUUCUCUAACAAUGGGCGCUUCUCUUCCUCCUAAAGAGGCCAAUCUCUUCAAGCUCAUUGUUAAAUCAUAUGAAACAAAGCAGUAUAAGAAGGGGUUGAAGGCAGCAGAUGCCAUACUGAAGAAGUUUCCAGAUCAUGGAGAAACCUUAUCAAUGAAGGGUUUGACAUUAAACUGUAUGGACCGCAAAGCAGAAGCUUACGAACUUGUGCGGCUUGGACUGAAGAAUGAUCUCAAGAGUCAUGUUUGCUGGCAUGUUUAUGGCCUCCUAUAUCGGUCAGACAGAGAAUACAGGGAGGCAAUUAAAUGCUAUAGAAAUGCUUUACGGAUUGAUCCAGACAACAUUGAAAUUCUAAGGGACUUAUCUCUCUUACAGGCUCAAAUGCGUGACUUGAGUGGUUUUGCUGAAACAAGACAACAAUUGCUGACUCUGAAGCCAAACCACCGCAUGAACUGGAUAGGUUUUGCUGUUGCUCAUCACCUAAACUCGAAUGUUUCAAAAGCAAUUGACAUACUUGAAGCAUAUGAAGGGACGCUUGAGGAUGAUUAUCCUCCAGAUAGUGAACGAUGUGAGCAUGGAGAAAUGCUAUUAUAUAAGAUUUCAUUGUUGGAGGAUUGUGGUUAUUAUGAGAAAGCUCUGAAAGAGUUACAGAAGCAAGAGUUUAAAAUUGUUGAUAAACUAUCAUACAAGGAACACCAAGUUUCCCUUCUUGUUAAGCUUGACUAUAGAGAAGAUGCUGAAAAAUUAUACACAACACUUCUGUCCAUGAAUCCUGACAAUUACAGAUAUUAUGAAGGACUACAGAAGUGUGUUGGUUUAUAUUCAGAAAAAAAUCAGUAUUCCGUUGAUGAAAUUGAACGUCUGGAAGCCUUGUACAAAUCACUUGUGCAGAAGUAUCCACGAUCAUCUGCUGUUAAGAGAAUACCACUUGAUUUUUUGUGCGGCGAAAAGUUUCGAGAGGCAGCAGAUAGUUAUGUGAGGCCCCUCCUAACAAAGGGUGUUCCUUCAUUGUUUUCUGAUCUGUCUCCUCUGUAUGAUCAACCUGGCAAGGCAGACAUACUAGAGCAAUUGAUGCUUGAUCUUGAACAUUCAAUCAGGUCCACAGGUGGAUUUCCUGGGAGGGUGGUGAAAGAGCCUCCUUCAACACUUCUCUGGACUAUGUUCUAUUUAUCUCAGCAUUAUGAUAGACGAGGUCAUUACGAUCUUGCACUUGGAAAGAUUGAUGAAUCUAUUGCAUACACGCCUACAGUCAUUGAUCUAUACUCUGUCAAGAGUAGAAUAUUAAAGCAUGCUGGUGAUUUGGUUGCUGCUGCGGCAUUGGCAGAUGAAGCAAGAUGCAUGGAUCUUGCAGAUCGCUAUAUAAAUAGUGAAUGUGUUAAACGCAUGCUGCAAUCUGAUCAGGUUACACUGGCUGAGAGGACAGCUGUAUUGUUCACAAAAGAUGGAGAUCAGCACAAUAGUCUUUAUGAUAUGCAAUGCAUGUGGUACGAGCUUUCGUCCGGAGAAAGUUACUUCCGGCAAAAUGAUUUGGGACGAGCUCUGAAGAAAUUUUUGGCUGUUGAGAAGCAUUAUGCUGAUAUAACUGAAGAUCAAUUUGAUUUUCAUUCAUACUGCUUAAGAAAGAUGACUCUAAGAACAUAUGUCGAAAUGCUGAAAUUUCAAGAUAGGCUUCACUCCUUUCCCUAUUUCAGGAAAGCUGCUUCUGCAGCUGUCAGGUGCUAUAUUCAGCUGUAUGAUUUGCCAUCAAAAUCAUCAGCUGAAGAAGAAGAUGAAAUGUCUAAGUUGCCUCCUUCUCAGAAGAAGAAAUUGAAGCAAAAGCAGAAGAAGGCAGAAGCUCGAGCUAAGAAGGAGGCAGAAGCCAAAAGUGAAGAGUCAAAUGUGAUAGCCGUCUCAAAAUCUGGAAAGCGCCCUGUGAAGCCAGUGGACCUGGAUCCACAUGGUGAAAAGCUGCUGCAGGUUGCAGAUCCAUUGCUGGAAGCUACAAAGUACUUGAAGUUAAUACAGAAGCACUCGCCUGACUCCUUACAGACACAUAUAUUGUCGUUUGAAUUAAAUAUGCGAAAACAAAAGAUUUUGCUUUCAUAUCAGGCUGUUAAGCAACUUCAGUUAUUGGAUGCUGAAAAUCCAGACUCGCAUCGAUGCUUGAUAAGGUUCUUCCACAAGGUUGAUGCUAUGCCUGCUCCAGUGACCGACUCUGAGAAACUUAUUUGGGCCGUCUUAGGAGAAGAGCGUUUCACUUUCAGUAAGCUGCAUGAGAAAUCUCUAGUUGAUGCCAAUUCUAAUUUCCUUGAGAAGCACAAAGAUUCCUUGAUGCAUAGAGCUGCUGCAGCAGAAAUGCUCUACCUUUUGGAUCCAAGCAAGAAGGACGUGGCGGUUAGACUAGUAGAAGAUUCUUCUAACAACCUAUCUUCGACAAAUCUGGCACUUGGAGCAGUUAAAGAAUGGAAACUCAAAGAUUGUAUUGCAGUUCACAAAUUGCUAGGGACGACUUUCAAUGAUUCAGAUGCUGCACAACGAUGGAAGGUUCAAUGCUCAGAUUUCUUCCCAUAUUCAACAUACUUCGAGGGUUCUAAGAGCUCUGCCAUUUCUACCGAAGAUCAUAAUAGCAGCGUUAGUGCUCACAACAACGGGUCUGUUUCUUCCAACGGAAACACAAUAGAGAGGUUGAAAGAUCUUGCUGUUUAAGACCACAACCAAACAGUAAGGAUUGUUUUUAUUUGCCAUGCCAGAUUUAACAACAGUAUAUCAUAAUCUUAUCUUUUUUUUAUACUGAAGAGAUGAGAUGGAAAAUUUCAUUCUCAUGGCUGGCAAGAAGAUCCUAACUGGAAGACUGUAGUUAAUAGUUGUGAGGUUUACGCGAACCGCCUAUUAUUGGAAAAAUAUACCAACCGACAGACCCGACUCUUUUUUUACCCAGGUUAUGUUUGUUGUAUACAUUUUGGUUUUCGGGUUUCUGUAUAAUUUUGGUUAUUUAAGAUUAAGAAAAUUUUGGUUAGUUUCAAUUAUAGGAUUGUGAACCAUUUCAUGUCUGCUUAAACUAUUAGGAAUAGUUUUUAAUCCCUUUUUGCAUGAAUUUAUUUU